AGUGAACUGAGCGCGCGAGUCAUAACUACCGACGGUGGUGAGAAGAUGGCGUCAACGUUGGCAGCAGUGGUGCACCGAUAGCACAGCCAGCCAUAUAAAUAUAAAGUCAUUGAUGAUCAUGCGUGUUUUCGUUCACUGAAGAAAGUCUUCGUCGUCACCCAUCGCCGUCGCUUCGGCUGAAUGUUGCUGUUCGAGUUUGUCUUCUACAGCAACAGCGCCGUUGUCCGUUUGUAAUCAGUCCGUUUUAAGAUUUUAGUUCUUAAAAAUCUAUUCUAGUGUGAAGCUAAUUGAUAUAUUCUGUCCCUGUUUAGGUAAUUCUACUGUCAUCUUAGGAAUGUCCUCUUUAUUUUAAGAAAUGAUGUAAGAGUUCAAGUAAUAUUGGAUUUUUCACAAGUCUAACAUGAGCCAUUUGAAAGAUGGGAGAAAUAGUCGACCUGAUAUUCAAGAAAUUUUAUCUAGGAUGAAAAACCGUUUUAUCAAUGAAGCUGAUUCUGAUAAUGAAGAACAUCCUGAUGAUAUUAAUUCUGGAAUGACCAAUGUUAUUCAAAAUAAUAUAAAAGUAGAUGUUGAAAAAAGUCCAGAUGACGAGAUUGCUGAACUUAUGUUAAAAUUAAAUGGCCAAGUUGAUGAAGAAUUGGUAGCAAGUAUAAGAUCUCGAAAAAAAAUGUAUGAAACACAAACUGAAGCUGAUAGUACAUCCUUAAACACAUCUAAUAUUAAGAAAGAGGCCGUUGAACCUGUUGUUGUCAAACCCAGAAUUAUUCUUACAUUAAGACCAAAUGAAAAUAAGCCUGAUUCAUAUGUAAGCUCAAGUAAUCUAACAGACUACAGUACAAAUUCUUAUUUAAAGAAAAAAAAAUUAGAUGAAACUUCUUUCGAAACUCCUCCUUUAAAAAGAUCUUCAAGAAGAUCUAAUGACAGUAAUCAAUCAGUUUUAAAAUCAGCUAUUGCUCGUAAAGAAAAAACUUUUAACAUGGAAACAAACUCAAAAAAAAAAUUGGUGACAAAAGUUAAAAAAGAACCAACUGUAGAACCUGCUGAUUUUACUGUUUCAAAAAUAGAACUAUCUGAAGAAACCGAGAAUUUGAAAGAUUUUAAUAAAAAAAAAAAUAUUUUUGAACCCAAAAAGAAAAAAAAGAAAUUUUUUAGAGGAGGAAGAUAUAAUAUAUUUAAAAAAAAAUCAAAUCCAAAAGAUCGCAAAAAUAAUAUAAAAAAAAAUGUUUCAAGUCAUAUGAGUUCAGAUUCUGCAUAUUUUGAUAAUGAUACAUCUGAAACUUAUUCGGAGAGACAUUCAAUGUCAGUGUCAAGUGAUUUUGGUACUGUGUCUAAUGAUAGAACUUAUCAAGAUGAAGUAGAUAGCAGUGUACUAUCAAAUAAUGAUAUAGAAGAAAAAACUUUAGAUUUUAGUCAAAGACUACAGGACAACAAUCACUUAUGUUUAUGUUAUAAAAAUAUUGAAGUUAUUGUAGUUGAUGAAGGUAAAAUUAUUUGCAAAGCUGAAGAUUGUGUUGAUGGUAAAAUCGUAACUUGUAUGAGAUUAGCUUUUCAUCUUGAUAAUUAUGGAUAUAUGCCUAUGCUCCGAGCAAAUGUUGCAUUACCUUUUUUAACUCUUUGUGCUCAUCAUAUGAAACGGUUUUUUUUGCAUCAUAGCUGCCCACGUUGUGGAAAGUUUUGCUCUGAGGGAAUAUUUAUGAUGUGUAAAAAUAAACAUUUCUUUCAUAUUGGUUGUCACCAAAAAGACAAAGGAUGUCUUCAUUGUGGAACAAUUGAUGUGUAUGACCUGGAGCUACGAAAAUGCAUAAAAAUUAAAAAAUCGAAGACAAAAAAUAAGAAUUAUGUAUCAAGAAUGACAAUAAAAGUAGGUCAUGAAAAGUUGACUACAGAUAAUUGUCCACCAGAAAUUGAUUUGUUAGAAUUUUCUAAAUAUUUACAAAAACUUCAAAAAGAAAUGUGUGAUUCUAGUCGCACUAUGUACUCAAUUCAUGGAUUGUAUCAGGCAUGUGAGUCAAAUGAUGUUGAAAUGGUUUUAUCAAUUUUGGGUGCUGGUGGAAAUCCUACAUAUUUAUUUAAAGAUCAUCAAAAUCGUAUUGCAUUACAUGCUGCAUGUAUUGAAGGGAAUUUAAUGCUAGUUCACAUUCUCCUUCAAGUUGGCAGUGAUCCUAAUCAUAUUGAUGAAAAAAAAAAAACUCCUUUAAGAAUGGCUGCUAAAUUUGGUCAUUUUAAAGUACUUGAGUUACUUUUGAAAAAAAAUGGUGCUCCUGAAAUCAAAGACUCUCAAGGUAUGACUUCAUUACAUCUAGCCGCUAAGCAUGGAAGAUUAGAAUGUUGUCGUUUAAUUGUAAAAAAAAGACCAUCCAUGAUAAAUUGGAAGGAUAAUGGUGGGUGGACUCCUCUUGUAUGGGCUUGUGAAAAUAGUCAUAUAGAUGUUGUGAAAUUCUUUAUUAGUUGUAACCCAAAUACUAGAAUAUCUGAUGAUGAAAAUAAUGUAGCUUUACAUUGGGCAGCAAUAUCAGGAUGUUUGGGAGUAGUUAGAGCUUUAGUUGAAUAUGAUACUGAAGUUAACAUGGUCAAUGAUGCUGGAGAUACUGCUCUCCAUAUAGCUGCUAGAAAAUCUGCUACUGACAUUGUUUCAUUCCUUUUAAGUCAAGGUGCUAUGGCUUAUCACCGAAACAAGAGCAAAAAAAAACCUAUAGACUACUGUUUACCAAACACAAAAUGCUAUAAUUUGUUGAAAAACAUCUCAAUUGAUCAAAGAAAAUCAGUAACAGCUAUUAAGCCUCUGAAUGUUGUGAAACAAGAAACUUUAGAUAAGGUUUUAGUUGAAAAUAAUAAAGUGUUUAUUAAAAAAAAACCUGUUGUUGUGUCUGAUGAUAUUACUCACGGCUGUGAAGAAAUACCUAUAAGAUGUGUUAACGAAAUAGAUGAUGAAGUACCAGUUGAUUUUACAUAUAUUAAAGAAAAUUGUUACGAUGUGGGAAAUUAUGUUGAUUCAGCUAUGUCUCAUAUAGCAAGUUGUAAUUGUGAAGGGGCUUGCAAUACCAAUGCUUGUAAAUGUGUACAAGCUAAUGGUGAUUGUUUAUAUGAUGAAAAUGGACGUCUUAAUUCUGAAUUUGAUUAUUUCAAUCCAAGUGUAAUUUUGUAUGAAUGCAAUUUACGCUGUAAAUGUCAUAAACAGCGAUGUGGCAAUAGAGUUAUCCAAAAAGGUAUUAAAGUAAAGUUAGAACUAUACAGACAUGUUGGAAUGGGGUGGGGGGUACGAACUCGUCAAGUUAUUCCUCGUGGGACAUUUGUGUGCGAAUAUGUUGGAGAAAUUAUUACUGAUCAGAAAGCUAAUAGACUGAAAGAAGAUUCUUAUUUAUUUAAUCUAGAAAAUCCUGGUGCUACCGAGUUAUAUUGUAUAGAUGCCUUUAACUACAGUAAUGUAUCACGAUUCAUUAAUCAUUCUUGUGAUCCAAAUCUUAUGUCUGUACGUUCAUUUAUUAAUCAUCAUGAUAAGAGAUUUCCGAGAAUUGCCUUUUUUGCUGUGCAAGAUAUUUCAGAGUUUGAACCAUUAAGUUACGAUUAUGGGACAGCGUUUUGGAAAGUCAAGAGUAAAUUUUUUACAUGCCAAUGUGGUAAAGCUAAUUGUUCCUUUUCUGAUGAAGCUUUGAAAAAUUUUCAUAUUGACUCAGAUACUGAAGAAAUGGAAUAUGAUGAAAAUAAAGAACAUGAUUUAAGUGAUGAUAUUGAACUUUCUGAAGAUGACUUUUCAUCUCAAGAUAAUGAAUUAGAAGAUACUUGUCAAAAACAACUAUCUGAACAUAGCGGCUUGUUUAUAAAUACAUCUAAUUUCACCAAAAAAAAAUCUAAUGAAUUAAAUAAUACAAUAAUUCAUAAAAAGUUAUUAGGAAAAAGUAAAAUUAUUUUCCCUGAUCUUACCACAAAAGAUAGUUCCUCCAAUGUACCAGAACAAUUUUUGAAAAUAUCUGAUAAAUUACAAAACAAGUUUUUAGAGUCUAAGUUGAUUCAAAAUAAGUUUCAGCAAGCUAUGACUGAAAAAGAUUUUAAUCAGAAACCAAUUAAUGGUAAGUCAAGUCCAGCAAUAGGCAAAAAAGUAUUGAUCACCAGACAAAAGCUUGAUUCUAACUCAAUUACAAAAAAUCGACUUAGUAGUAUUAAUAAAGUAACACCACUAACAACUAAUAAAAUUAUAACAACAUAUGUUUUAAGACCUCAAUCCCAAACAAAAGAUAUAUCGGAAAGCAUAAAAGUAAUUCCAAAAGAAAUAAUACUUAAGUCAAGUGAUAUCAGUGUUCAAAAUGUUGUUAAAAUACAAUCUAGUGCAGUAGAUAAUAAAACAGCUAACCCUAUUGACGAAUCAAUAUGUGAAGAAUAUAUAGAAAAUGUAAAACUAGAACUUAAUGAGGAUUUGUACGGGGCAUCAGAAAUUUCAGAAAUAGAUUUGAGUAUUAUAAAUAGUGAUGACACACUUCUAGAAAAUAAUGAUAACUCUUGUAUAUCUGGUGAAGAGUUUAAUGACAUGAAAAGUGUCAUAGCAUUAGAAUCAGAUAGUAGUUACAAUCAGGAAAACUUAAAAAAUAUUAACCAAGAAGACUGGACAUCAAGAUCCUCUUCAUUAGAACUGUAGAUAAGUGUGAACCACUACCUUGUUAUAUAGCUAACAAACGGGUUUGAUAGUUUUAACUAUCUAAAUUAACACAUUUGAUGAAAAUCAUUCAUAUAGUUGACUCUGAAUGUUGAGUAAAAGUUUACAUAUUAGUUAGAAGAUAAACAAAAAAAUGUUUAAUGAACCUUUAUAUUUUUAGAAAAAAUAUUAAGAUUUUGAAAAGUUACAUUAAAGUGAAAUAAAGACUCUAAAGCCAUACUGGACAAUGCAUUAAGAAUAUAUUUGAAAGAAAGUGUUAUAACGUGUUGUCUCUUAAUGUGUGUGUAAUUUACAAAUACAUUUAUUUAAGUAGUUGUAUAUUUUAUUUUCUGAAAUAUUUGCAGCUCUAGUCAUUAGUCUUCCUCUAUCUAGUAAAAUUAAUUUGUAAGAAAAUACUAGCUAAUGUCUUUGAACACGUCUUUACUUUUUAGUGUAAUUGAUACUAUUCCUCCAAAUUUGUUUAACAACUAAUUUAAUGAUUUGUAUAAAUAUGUAAAGCGUAAUACUUUUGUAAAUUACAAGAUAAAUAGAUAACGUUUGUUAACAUAAUAUUUGUUAUUUAAUUUAUUAUUGAUUUGUAAAGUAAUUUUUCAAGUAUAUGUUAAUUUUAACUUAAAUGUGUUCAUGUCAUAUACAAAAUG